AUGGCCUUUUCAUAUUCACAUCAAACUUUAAACCAUCAAAUCUUGGAUUAUGAUCGUGAUAAUAUCAAAUACAUUUAUCCAGAAGUUGUUGAACAAAUUUAUAACAACACCGAUUUAGAUGGUGUUGAUUGGUCUAAAUAUGCUUAUGUUUUAUAUGCCACUUCAUCUGCUCAUAUGUGUAAUGCAAUGAUGAUAUUUGCAGAAUUAAGAAAAUUUAAAACUAGAGCUCAAUUAGUUAUGUUGGUUAAUGCUGAUUUUUUGGAAGAACCUACCAAAUAUGAAUAUGAAUUUACCACAUUGACAUCAUUUUCUGAAAAAUUCCAUGUUAAAUUGAAACCAACAAAGAUUAAGAGAAUUAAUGAUAAACAUGAUGUUAAUAUUUGGAUUUCAAGUUUUACAAAAUUGAUGGUUUUCAAUGAAACUGAUUAUGAUCGAGUUAUUUAUUUGGAUUCAGAUGCUAUUUUAAUUAAUGAUAACAUUGAUGAAUUAUUUUUCAUCCCACCAUGUAAAAUGGCUUCAGUUACUGGAUAUUGGUUAACAAAAGAUAGAUAUGCUAAAGAUGAGAUCAAAAAUAAAUAUUCACCAAAUGAUUAUGAUUUUAAACCUUUAACUAAAGAAGAAAGAUCCGGGAAAAUUAAUCAAUUGGUUGAUCAAUCAAUUAAACCUUUUACUAAUAUUAAUGGACAUUUACCAAUAAAUAAUAAUGUUAAUGCUUCAACAGAUUUCAAAAUCAAUGAAAAGAAUUUUUACAAUAAUUUAUACAAUAAUUUACCAAAUUUCAAAUUUUUGGAUGAAUAUUCAUUUACAAAUAUCAUUAUGGUUAUUCAACCAAGCCAGGAGCUAUUUGCAAGAAUUGAAGAAUCUUUUAACCAUCGUCAAAAAAAUGAAUUUGAUAUGGAUAUUAUAAAUUUUUAUGUUUUCAAAAUGUCAAAAUGUUUGAAUUUACAAAAUGAAAGGAAACCAAAAACUCAAGAAUCUAGUAUAGAUGAAUUGAUUAAUGAUAUACCUGAAUAUUUAAUUUUACCUCAUCAAGUUUAUGGAACAUUAACUAGUGAAUUUAAUUUAGUUAAAGAUCAUGCCUCAUUUUUAGCAGAUCCUCAAGAUCAACCAUUUGUUUAUCAAGGUCACGGUUUACAAACAACAAAUAAUCAACCAGCAUAUUAUGAUUUAUCUAAAGAACCACAUCAAGCUAAGCAUUUUUAUCCAAAUGUUAAAUAUUUACAUUUUUCAGAUUCUCCAAUUCCUAAACCAUGGUUUGAAAAAAAUUUAAAUGAUGAUUAUAUGAGUACAAGAUUAAGAUGUGAAUCACAUCCAGAUUUCCAUCAAAAAGAGGGAGAAAAUCAAAGAGUUAAACCAAUGGGAACUAUUGAAGAUUGUUCAGCUGGUGAUAUUUGGGAAAAUAUUCAUGAAUUAUUUGGUAAAAUUAGAUUUGAUGUUUGUAAAUUAAGAUUAAAGCAAACUACAAAAAAUCCAUAUACAGAUGAUAUAAAUUAA